AGCACAAUAAAUAUUCAAAGCCCGUUUUUCUCUAUUAUGGAAGAGAACUUAAGUCGUGAUAAUUGAAUCUAUGCCCGUGCGUGUGAUAAAACACUCAUUAUCCUCGUUUCCAAUUACUGCAAUUUCCUUUAUUAGAUACUCAUGUCUCGAUAAUUUGUUUUCUAAUUGCGUCGAGCAUUAUUUUACAAUUCACAGGAGGCACCUCGAUUUUAAAUUUAAAAAGCUACCGUCUUCGUCGAUGCGGUAAAUAAACAGCUACAUAAAGAUUUGAAAAAUUUGAUACACUCUAAAAGAAUCGAAACAUUUAGAGGGUCAAGUAGAAAUAAUAAAAUUUUGAUUAAGGUCUCGCAUUUUGACAGUUAUUCCUUAAUCGGCAAUCUUUAGUUCCGCAACAGUUCCUAUUAAAAUCACCAGAGGCCGCUCGAUGGUUCCAGUUCGCUCAUUGGAACAGCCUUUGCCUUUUAAUAACAAAUAAUUUUUAUGAUGCUUAAUUGCAAGAACGGGAAACGAUUCUUGUUUUCGAUGAACAUCUUAUGCCAAUUAAGACGAUUCGUUCUAUCCAAAUCGGAUUUUUUCCAAGUAACUUGACUGACAGCGAGCAUUUAUCUUUUAAAAAAUAACUGUUUUUUAUAAUAGCUUCGCCUACGAGGCAAUAACUCAUCAGAUAUAUUAUAAAUUACCUUUGCAAUUCUUUAAACACUCCAUAAUACGCGAUCAUUCAUUUUUGGGAAUACGAAUGCGCCUGUUAAUUUUAUCUAGUGUUUAGUGACACCAUAUUUUUACAUUUAAUUAAAUGUAAUUUAAUUACAAUUAAAUCGCCACAAUUUAACUAAUACCGAGUGGUUUGAUUUUCGUAAUCAAAUCGAAAUAAUAAAUAAAUCAAUAUUGUUAACCUCAAACUUAAUAUGCACGUAGAAGUUUAACAUUUCGUUCGCAGAGUAACUUAAUAAAUAAAAAGCUUAUACCACCACCAUUUAUCACACAGCGCUGCUGAAAAUAAUCUUAAAAUCCCUAAAUUUCUAUUGUCAACUCAGACUCCUGGAAAGUUUUGUCGUAAUCCAGCUCUGAAACAGUGCAUAUAGUGACAUUUUUUCAAAAUAAAAUAGUGACAAAAGUUACUAGCAACCCGGUAAGACUGUUCAUAUUGCAAUAAACGCUUCAUCCUCUAUCAAAACAAAAACAGCAUUAUAAAAACAGAAAUAAUGAAAAAUGUGCAACAUUCCUGUCAAGUCCAAGUCCGGUACUGGGUCUAUUUGCAUAAGUUGCAUAAAAAAUAAAAAAUUAACAGUUAUGGCACCGGGUCGGCCUUAAAUGGAAUACGUAACGUUACUUUUGCAACUUAAGAGACCUGAAAUAUGCGCCACAAAUAUUCCGUUCGAUUUCGAAUGUUAUUUUUGUGCUGUUUGGGUUUCGUUUCUUUUUGAAUUAACGGAUCCCCGAAACUAUUUUACGUUGUUUUUAAAUGGCUCAUAAUUAAUUACAAUCGCUAUUUUCCUUCGAGACAGCGCAACAUGCUAAAAUUAUAAUAAGUCAACAGAGGAAGGAAUAAGCAAGACACACAAAUUAUAUGAAACUUAACGUUUCAUGAAACAAAAGAGCUGUUGAGAAUCUCGAAUCUUCAUCGUGGUGGCUUUUGCCCGCAAUUAUGGAAGUUACCUGCCAACGGCAAUAGCACUACGGCCCGGUAGGUAUUAAAGGACAGAACAUUAGGGACCCUAAAUUCAUAGCUAGGAAUAUCUAUACAUAAUUACAUUUUUAUUCUAAAUUUCUAUAUCUAAUUCUGUUUCACUAUCAGAGUCGUCAUUCAGAUUAAUCAUACUAGGAUUUAUGUUGUUUUGUAUAGAAAUGUAAGAUUCCGCAAUUUUUAUAAUGUGCUGUACUGAAUUUUUGCAGUCCUCAAUUGGUAUUGGAAUCAAAUUUAUAAGACAAGGACUUAAGGUAGGAGAAUUUUCUGUUCUGACCUAUGAGGUUAAACAUUCAAUGAUAUGGGGGAAAAUUUAAAACAGUAUGUCCAGCCCAUUCAGCUAAUUUAUAUGAAUUUAGGACUUCCAAAAGUUGUGCUUUUUUAUAGCUGCAUUCAAAAUAAUUAUCAUUUUCUAACAAAUAUUCCUAUUUCAGUUUUUGAACUUGAUGAGGCCGGUGCUUUGUGUAGCAGACUGCUGUAGUAGCUUGCGAUAUCCAUGACAAUAACACUGCUAUCGGGGAUAAUUUUUUGAAAGAAUAUUUUAAAAUCAAUUUUCAAAAAGUUUAAUAAUAAUGAUAAUAAUAUUUAUUUCAAAUUUGUUACAUAUUAUAACAAAGUGAAAUGACGUCAAACAUAAGUCUGUCACAAAUAAACUAACUAGCCUAUUACAUAUUACGGUAGUCAUUAAGACAAUAAGGUUCUAACUGAAUUAACAACUGUUUAAUUUUCGUCUUCAACAAACGUUGACUCUCAAUCCGUUUAAUAUGCAGUGGUAACUUAUUGUAAAGCUUAACACACAUAUCUUCCGGGCCUGUUUCAGUAUUUUUUUCUAUUUCUCUAUAACUAUUUCUUAAAUGCUGAAAAAUGUUUAAAUUUCUACGUAAAAACAUUAGACAUUUAAAGAUGUACAAAGCGUGCAUGCGUGCUGUGAUACGAACAUAUCUUGUGUUCUACUGUGACGUACCCCGAAUAUUAUUCCAUAUUUAAAUACAGAUCGGAAGUUUGCAAAAUCAAUUAUUUUUAAGGUUUUAAUAUCUAAAUACUUGGCAAGAACUUUAAUUCCAUUGAAUUUAGUUUGUUUAGUAAGUGAUUUAUAUGAAAUGUCCAGCCCAAAUUUGCAUCAACUGCAUCAACGAAAACGCCCAAAAACUUGACACUUUCCGAAACGUCGAAUCAAUUCUCCGCGAUUUCUAGUUUUGUUAUAUUUUCUAAUUUUGAUUUUUUUGUUUUGAAGAUUAUUAUGUUCGUUUUAUUUGUAUUAAAAAUUAGUUUUUUUUAUUAAACCAUAGUUUUACAUGUACGAAAAAACUACCGCUAUCGCUUAACGAUUGUGCCAUGUUUUUGGUGCCAGUUAUCAAAUUUGUGUCGUCCACAUAAUUAAGGAUUGUGUGACAAGCUAGAAUUACGGUGAUGCGUUUUCCUUUAUUUGAAGGUGCUUCCGUCUGAGAGUUUGGAGUCGAAUCAACCCAUCCUUUGAAUUUCUUGAAGGUAAUUAAAUCUCCAAGUGCGUAAUCUUUGUGAUUCCAUUACUACUUGCCUUUUGUCUAUUUUGCGGUACUUAAAUCCCAUUUUACAAACAACUCUAUGGAGAGUGACUGGGCUUCUAUUUAUAUUGGGUUUCAUCUUCCUCUAGUUUCUUAUUCAGCUUAUCCAAGGUAGGAACAACUUCGCUCUGAUAAAAACAAUAUGUUGUCAUUCUUAUUAGGUCCUGAUCGCUACUGUCUAUAAGGUGAAUUUGAAAAUCGCUACUUUUAUUCCUUUUUUUCAGUUCUUCACUACUAAUAAUAUCCGUUAUCCACAAUAUUGGCGUGUUUGUAAGUAGACAGGUUUCUUUUAAAACUUCUUGUUGAGUAAGUCCUCUACUGAAUAAAGUUUCAUACACAUUUUUCACAACCUGUUUUGCAUCAAGCGACAAAUGAUGACUAUACCGAAUCCGGAAUAGUUAAUCGCUUAAGGAAUUAAAUACUAUCGAACUCUUGCUAUUUUGUCUAUUAGAGCUACUAUGAAAGUAGGGACAGAGAUUUAGUAUCCAUAAAUCGUGUUGCGAUUGCAAAGCUGGUUUGGCAGGAAGUUGCAAGUAUACACUGCUGCAGUUCUCAUAGGUAGAUUUAAAGAAUACAAUUCUUGUUUUAGGAUAAUUGUUAUUUACAAUUCCUGAAGUGAUCUUAGUCAACAGAACAAUUUGUAUUGUGAUUGAAUUUAGAAUCGCCAAGCUUUUUCUUUAAUGGCACUUUUUUAAGCAAUAUCAACAGAACCAUAGAAAGUAAGCACGGAACUCAGAUGAAAACAGCGUAAUCAUUCCAAAUUUUUACUUUCCAUCUAUAUUAACAUCUUUUCCGCCAGAGGUCUCACUGAAUUGUAAAAUCGCCAAUAUAAGUGUCACUCAAUGUCUAAUUCGAUCGUGUCAAUUUACUUUCUUCUAUUCCAAGCCGAUGCGCUUCUGAUUAAAGACAUCGAUUGGUGCAAACAACCUUGCGGAAAUAAAAAUCACACGGUAUGCAAACUCGGAAUAAGUUGCCCAGCCGUCAAAGGAUGUCAACAUGCUAACGGAUACGACAAACACAUGAGAGAUUUGUUUGUCGACUUACACAACGAACUAAGGAACAAGGUGGCUCUAGGUGAAGAAGAGGGAGUGCCGAGGGCGGAAGACAGGGUGGCCAAUAUGAUGGCUCUCUCGUGGGACCAUCAUUUGGAAUACGUGGCAAGAUGCCAUAACAGACAGUGUACUGCUACGCGUGACGAAUGCAGAUCGACGCCGAAGUUCCCCAACGUUGGUCAAAAUAUAUUUUCAACCAAUAUUUCGAGUACAACGGGCCAUUCUAUGUCGUCGGUUGAUUUGCCCAAAAGAGCUAUCACGUCGUGGUUUAGAGAAAUCGAAUUCGUACCGUUGGAAGUUUACAAGAGAUAUGAAAAGACUGACCUCCCGGGAGAACAAUACACGCAAGUUGUAUGGGCAAAGACCACUCAUAUUGGGUGUUCAAUGAGCCAGAAGGUUUACGCGAAUCUGACGCAGUACUUUGUGGUGUGCAAUUAUGGAGCAGGAGGGAACGUAAAGGGCCAACCGAUUUUCGAAAGGGGCACACCGUGUUCUGAAUGUCAAGGGAACAGUUGCAACCGAAAGUGGGCAGGUCUUUGUGGCGACGUGGAGUUUGCCAAGAAGUGUCCGUGUGAAAAGUGAAACAGAUUGAAUUAAGAAAAAAAAAAGUAAAAAUAGCAAUAGCAUAUCAUAUUAUAAAUAUAUAAUAUAUAAUAAUUGGAAACUAGAUCGUCGCUGAGCGUGACACCGUAUUGAUUUUUGUCAGUUUCUUUAAAGUAUCACCUUUAUUGGGCAUCCCGAUAAAUCUCAUCGCAUGAUGUAUUAAAAUAAGAAUAUUUUUGCAGAUUAUUUCGCCGAUUUUGCGGAUUUUUGGUAAAGUAAUUCUGCUUAUAAAGGGGUGCAAAAUGCGAAACUUUAAAAUUUUUUAUUGUUAAGUCACAGCUUCAAUUUUAAAUAUCUUGGAAUAAGAGUAACAAUAACAAAGUAAUAAUAACAGAGUAAUAAAGUAACACGUUUUUGGCAUUCGUUUUGUCAACAUAUGUCGUAAGCCCCUUAAUUUUUGAACUACAGGCUGUUAAAAUUUAAGACAAAGACAAAGUUUUUUUUUGUCAUAAUUUUUUCUAUUCAAGCAUUUAGCCUUCGUGGACUGCACUGCUAAAAAUAGAAAACUAAUUUUUUAUACCUUCACAAAUAAAUCACUGAUAAAAAUUAAA